UCCUUCUUUUUUCGCUGUUUCAGCGCGUGGCAAGCGUGGUUCCCUGUUCGGUGCAGUUGUAAUUGCAAAUUUGCAAGCUAAAAUUCGGUCUAUCCUUAUUUAAUAACACAACUCACUGCUUCAAUAUGAAAAUCUACAAGGAUAUCAUCACCGGCGAUGAAAUGUUCGCAGACACCUACAAGAUGAAACUAGUUGAUGAGGUUAUCUAUGAAGUCUACGGUAAAUUGGUCAGUAGAAAAAGCGACGACAUUGUUCUCGCUGGCUCAAAUCCAUCAGCCGAAGAAGCUGACGAGGGCACAGAGUUAAAUGUCGAAACUGGCGUUGAUGUGGUGUUGAACCAUCGUCUGUCUGAAUGCUUCGCUUUCGGUGACAAAAAGAGCUUCACUCUCUAUCUGAAAGAUUACAUGAAGAAGGUUCUGGAAAAGUUGUCGGCAAGUGCGCCCGACCAAGUCGAUGUCUUCAAGACGAACAUGAACAAAGCCAUGAAGGAUAUUCUGGGCCGCUUCAAGGAUUUGCAGUUCUUCACCGGCGAGUCCAUGGACUGCGACGGAAUGGUUGCAAUGUGUGAAUAUCGUGAUAUCAAUGGCGCAAGCACUCCAGUUCUUAUGUUCUUUAAGCACGGCCUUGAGGAGGAGAAGUGCUAAUUUCUUUCGACUUGCGUUAAUGAUUGAUGUACCAUACAUAAAUUUCAAUUGCGGCUUUCAUGUGGAAACAACAACAACAGGAACGAAAAUCAACGCCCAUAACAACAAAGUGCAUGUGUACAUCGAUCACUAACAUACUCACACAUGCCUAUUCUAAACGAUUUUUCUAUUUACACACAAUAUUUUGCAAUAGUUCGAAAUUGACAACUCUCAACCAUUAUAAUUUGGAUGUAUUAUGAAAAAAAAAUUUUAGUUAAAGCAAAAGACUGCGCCAUCAGGAGCCACAUACAGUAGCAAAAUCUAACGAAUUUGUGGUAUCUGGAGAGAAACGUAAUUUAAUGUUUUAUAUCAACCACAUUUAUGUAUACUUUUGUUUACGUUUUCAAUUAAAAAUGUCAAAAAGAAUCGGAGGUAAAGAUCAUAUUUGUAUGUACGAAAAAAAAAUAAACGAAAACCUUAUACAUUUACUGCA